GCUCCGUCCUGGGCCUCUUGACUCCGCCGGCAGGAACCAAAGCCAUGUCCCCCGGUCUCUUCUUUGGCUCAAUCAUGGUUUAACAACUCAAUGAACACGAUGGUGUAUAACAGAAAUCGACUUGAAUAAAUGAACUUCUUUCAACAAACCGCUUUCGACACAAGUACGAAGUGAAGAGCGGUCUGAGGUACUUCCGGUUCUCAGGGCGAUUGAUUGGGUCGCAGCUCCUCUGUUAACGUUGAUUGGUUAUCAUUGUUGUUGACCAUGGCCCGUAAACCGGAAGAAAACAUCUGAAACAGACUACAAAAAUAAAUACUCGGCACACAAGGGAGAGAGUUCUACUGUGAGUCGCCAUCAUCAUCAUGGCAGACUUUGACCAUGACCAGCAGGAGCCUGCAGGACUAGAUGGCUUGCCAGCCAUGUACAGUAUUGUGAAGGGAGAGGUGGCUUCUGUACAGACCUACGGAGCCUUCAUCAAGAUUCCUGGCUACAGGAAGCAGGGGUUGGUUCAUAUCAGUGAGUUGUCAGCCUGUAGGGUUGAGAAUGUUGCAGAAGUCGUUGACGUGGGAGAGCAGGUGUGGAUCAAGGUCAUCGGGAGAGAGAUGCGUGAUGACAAGGUGAAGCUCUCCUUCUCAAUGAAAGCUGUCAAUCAAGGAACAGGGAAAGACCUGGACCCCAACAAUGUCAUAGCAGAGCAGGACGAGCGGAGGCGUAGACAGUUCAAAGAUGGUACAGGACGAAGGAUCACAUUGGAGGCUGUACUCAACACUACCUGCAAGAAGUGUGGCUGCAAAGGGCACUUCGCUAAGGACUGUUUCUCGGCCCCAGGGCUGCAGUAUGAUCUGAUACCUGAGGAGGGCGACGAUGAGCCUCAGCAGCUACAGAAAGAGCCUAUCAACCCCAACCUCAUCCCACUCGCAGUCCGCAAAACCCAACCUCCACAGGACUCACACAAGAAGAAGAAAAAGGAGAAAAAAGAGAAAAAGGAGAAGAAGGGGAAGAAGAAGAGGAAGAGAGAGAGGAAGGAGUCCGAAAGUGACAGCAGCAGCAGUGGACCCAGUCAGGCCAAGAGAGGGCGCCAUGACGACAGAGAGGACAGAAAGAAGAAGAAACACAAGAAACACAAGUCCCACAAACACAUCUGAGACUGAUCUGACGGACUGACACACAUACAUUGCACUAAACACACACAAAUGACACUGUAGACACACAUACACACAGUUAAACUGUGGACACGCACAUACACAGCGUAGACUUGGUUGGACACACACACAAGUUGACGCAACAGUCAGAAGCCCCUCAUAGCCCCUUGCCCCUACCGUCUGACACAUGCAGAUCGAUAGAAACCUGAUAGGUGUUAGCAAUAUGGCAGCUUCCCUGAGCCCAUCGGAAAGUUAAGUAUAUAUUGCACCUAUCCAGUUCCCUCAGAUCUACCUUUAACACUGAAGAGGUUAGUGUUGUUUUCAGGAUGACAGUAUAGGUGUCUCAGAUCCCACAACACCUGGAGUUAACAUCUCAGGAACCAUAUCAAGACGUUGUAAUCUGUGCAGGCCUGUGCUGUGUUAGUAAUACGUGUAUCUGGAACCAAUCCACCUGUCCUCACUGGUCAGGUUAAACGCAUGACAUACACUACAUGACCAGAAGUAUGUGGACACUUGCUCGUCGAACAUCUCAUUCCAAAAUCAUAGGCAUUAAUGUGGAGUUGGUCCUCCCUUUGCUGCUAUAACAGCCUCCACCCUUCUGGGAAGACUUUCCACUAGAUGUUGGAACAUUGCGGAGACUUACUUCCAUUCAGCCACAAGAGCAUUAUUGAGGUCAGGUACAGAUGUUAGAUGAUUAGGCCUGGCUCACAGACGGCGUUCCAAUUCAUCCCAAAGGUGUUUGAUGGGGUUGAGGUCAGCACUCUGUGCAGGCUAGUAAAGUUCUUCUACAACGAUGUCGACAAACCAUGCUGAAACGGGAAAGGGCCUUCCCCAAACUGUUGCCACAAAGUUGGAAGAACAGAAUUGUCUAGAUUGUCAUUGUAUGCUGUAGCAUUAAGAUUUCCCUACACUGGAACUAAGGGGCCUAGACCGAACCAUAAACUGCCCCAGAUCAUUAAUAGUCAUCCACCAAACUUUACAGUUGGUACUAUGCAUUAGGGCAGGUAGCGCUCUUCUUGCAUCCGCCAACCCCAGAUUUGUCUGUCGGACUUCCAGAUGGUGAUGCGUGAUUCUUCACUCCAGAGAAGGCGUUUCCACUGCUCCAAAGUCCAAUGAUGGCGAGAUUUCCACCACUCUAGCCGACGCUUGGCAUUGCGCAUGGUGAUCUUUGGCCUGUGUGCGACUGCUCAGCCAUGGAAACCCAUUUCAUUAAGCUCCUGACAAACAGUUCUUGUGCUGACGUUGGUUCCAAAGGCAGUUUGG